UUAUUGUGGAGGAAGAAACAUUUUAUUGUUGAUUGGGAAACAUAAAGAUUCAGAAACUGGGAAGUGUACUUUUUUUUUUUUUAAAGGGAUAGUUCACCUUUUUUUUUAACUUUGUCAGUUCUAAGCAACUUUCCAACUUGUCUUCAUUAUUUAUUUUAUAUAAUUCUUUCCAAUUAUUUGUCUUCCCUGCUUUCAAAAGGGGGUCACUGACCCCAUCUAAAAACAAACGCUCUGUAAGGCUACAAAUGCAUUGUUGUUGCUCCUUUCUCUUUUUCUCGCCUCUCCAAUUUAUAUUCCAAUCAUUUUAUUUCAAUCGGUGUACAGUUGCUAGGGUAAUUUGGGCCAUAGCAACCAGAUUGCGGAAACGGCAAACUGGAGAUCUGCUGAAUAAAAAGCGAAAUAACAAAUUGAAAACCAAUUGCAAAUUGUCUCAAAAUAGCUAAAAAUUAUCUCAAAGGUGAACAACCCACUUUAAGGAGCUCAGGAGGGGGCAGCUCUGAUCUCCGCAAAACAUUUUGAUCAAAGAUGAAACCAGGGAUUGCCCAGCAGUGUCGCAGGAGAGAUUGCAAGAGCUAUAGUUCAGCAACAGCAUGGAGUGCAAAUACAGAAAUCUCUAUACAAAAAAAAUUAAAUGUUAAAUGUUAAACAACCGGAGGGUUGAACUACAGGAGCCACUUUGGUGCGUUUCCGGCGGAUCCGACGCAAUAGGCCAAAACGAAGGCGUCAAAUCGAAUGCGACGAAGAAUAAGAGGAGAUGGCUCAGUCCCCGACACUGCGCACGGAAUAUGUGGUCUCAGGGACGCGCACGCCCCCGGCCAGGAGGAACAGCAAACUGGCUACGCUGGGCCGGAUCUUCAAACCAUGGAAGUGGAGGAAAAAAAAGAAUGAGAAAUUGAAGCAAACAACAGCCUUGGAGAAGAAGAUAUCCGUCAAGCAAAGUCGGGAGGAGCUCAUUAAGAAGGGCCUGCUGGAGAUUAUGGAACAAGAACCUGAACCCAAAGUUUGUCCCGCUGAUGGAUCUGCGAUGGAAACCCACAAUGAUCUUCCACCCCCCAUCUGCCAGGAUUUAAACCCGGAAGAUACCCAGCAAGAGAAUUCUGCCCCGCUGACUGCCAGCUCCUUUGACGAGAAUCAAGUCCCAGAGCAGAAUGAAGAGGAAGCAGGUAACAUUGACUUGCUGGUGGUUGAAGACCUCAAGGAGUCCAACCUCACCUCAGUGGAGAGGACCCUACAGGCCAUCCUACUCUCUGAAUCUGUAGAUACUGCUCUUCUGGAGACAAACUCAAUGCAGAUCCCGAGCCCCCCACUUCUGCCCCUGUCCCAACCAAAGGCAAAUGCUUGGGUUAACCAGUGUGUGUCAGAUGAUGAAGUUGAAGAGAUCACCUUGAAGUCCCCACCCCACACCAUAAUGAAAAGCUCGACCCCUAAUGGUUCCUCCCAUAUCUCAGGACACACCGACCUCUUCCAGCCUUCUACCCAGAAAGCCACUAAACUGCACGGCCAAACUGCUCAAGGGUGGCAUUCUAGCCCAAGUGGUUCACCUCACCACUCCGCCAUACAUAUGCCUUUACCCCCAAGCAGAGUCAUCGAAGAGCUGCAUAGGGCACUAGCCACUAAACACCGGCAAAACAGCUUUCAGGGUCGGGAAAUUAAAGCUUCUCCAAAGAAGAGGGUGAAUUUCCGAACCUCCAGGCCCUCCAGUGUAGAGAAGAACAAGGACAAUGUCACUUUCCAAGAGGGAGAUGCAGAGGGCAAAUGUUUGUCUGCCAAGGAUUCUGAGGAAAAUAAAGAAAACUUGAUCAGGGAUUCGGGCCAUAAAGACGAUGUGCUGUUAUAUCAGGACGAGGAAGAGUUAAACAACUCCAUUAUCUCUGGGACAUUGACAAGAAGGUACAAGAAAGAACUGUUGACUGUAAAACUUCGGAACCGUCCAAGCAAGCAGGAGCUUGAGGACCGGAAUAUCUUUCCCCAGAGAACGGACGAGGAGAGACUUGAGAUACGACAGCAAAUUGAAAUCAAACUCUCAAAGCGACUGAGCCAAAGACCUGCUGUGGAAGAACUUGAAAGAAGGAAUAUUCUGAAACAGAGGAAUGACCAGACGGAGCAAGAGGAGAGAAGAGAGAUUAAGCAGAGGCUAACGAGGAAGCUCAAUCAGCGGCCGACUGUAGAUGAACUGAGGGAAAGGAAAAUCCUAAUACGGUUCAGCGAUUAUGUGGAGGUGGCGAAAGCGCAAGAUUAUGAUAGGAGGGCAGACAAGCCCUGGACAAGAUUAUCUGCAGCGGAUAAGGCUGCUAUACGCAAAGAGCUGAAUGAGUACAAGAGCAAUGAGAUGCAAGUGCAUGCGUCGAGCAAACACUUGACCAGAUACCACAGACCGUGACCAUUUCCCUGCCAGAAGAAAAGGCAUUACAUUUCGAUAAAUCUGCUGAACACGUUCCUGCAGGAGCAGUGAUGGGCAGUGCUGAGGUUCAGCGCAUGGUGCUCUGAAAAUUCCGCAGAGAGCGGUUGUUGGGGCACUGCAGCGGAAUUGUCUAUGACACGUCCUGAUAUGUGACACGAGCGAUGAGGUCACUGCAUAAACGGGGGACAGAGCAGCUCCCACGCAGGGAGAGAAACUAGCGCAGACUAUCCUGGGAGUUGUUGCUAGAGACUGGAUGGACAUAUGACUUGUUUAAAGCUGUGUAUUGCAGCAGGAGGCUGUGCAUGUAUGGGGCUUUACUAAGGCGAGAUCAUAAUGGACACGCAGCCGACACCUCAUACAGUAUUACACAGACACGUCAGUCUGAUCACGUUUUUAUUUGUAAGUCUUUGAGUUCAUGCUGCGGCAAAAUAUUUUCAUGUUUUAUAUUUUGAUUUCUUUUUAUGUCUUAUUGAAAAAAAUUUCCUGUUUAAGUUUAUCUUAUUAAAAAACGAAAACUUGCUGCA